GUCCGUCCUCGUCGCCCACAGUCCAUGAGCGCAAGCGUGGGGCUCGUCCUUGGCGGCGGCGUCUCGGUCCUCUUUGGCCGCGUCUUUUAUGCGCUCCGCGACGACGCCCUCGGUGGCGUCGACGUCGUGCGCGCGAGCCUUCCGUUUGACUCGCUGCCGCCUGUGCCAGCAACGCCAGGUACGACGGCGUACGUGCAGUUCACGGGCCGCCUCGCCCGCGUCAACCAGCCGCUCUACAAGAGCGCCCUCGCCCGGCGUGUCGAAGCCGGUGCUGCCGACGCCAUCCGCAUUCGGUCGGUGACGUACCAAGUGACCGAAGAGGUCGGCCGCGACGGCCUCGUCUUGCAGACCGAGCACCAAGUCGCAUCGUCCGAGGUCGGCGGCAACGUGGCUGUCGACGCGCACGAUGGCCGCCGCGUCGUGCUCAGCCACCCGUCGUACUUUAGCAUGCUCUACCGCAAGGGCGAAGACGCCUUCGCGCCGGCCAAGGACACCAACAUCUCGGUGCUCGGCGGGGACGAGCCGCGCCGCAAGACGCUUGGGUACCGCACCGCCGAGCGCACGAUUCCCAACAAUGACGUGGUGUCGGGCAUUGGUAUCGUCGAGAGUGCGCUCGUGUACGGCGAAACCGGUGCGCCGACGCUGGCGUGGACGCUGGCGCCGCCGGGGCACCGCCAUCUGCAAGGCCGCCCGAGCUUUGUCGUCUACGGCGGCCACGAGGGCCUCGUGCAACGCCAAGAACGGUCGGCCGAUGCCCUCGGCGCUGUCGGUGCGAUGUUUACCGUCGUGGGCCUGGCCAUGGUCAUGGGCGGCGGGUAUCUCUUUUGGUCGCAGCACGUGGGGUCCAAACAGUAGUCCAUAAUGUACGAAAACACCAUUCGAAGCAUGUAC